UACGUUUAACUCCUCGCUUCUGCUAGUCCAAAUCAAUUUACUUGGCUGCUGCUGGUUCUUAUUGAAAUCCAGAAACAACAACAAUGGCGGUUUCCGGUGAUCUGAAGAUGAAGAUCGUCAAAGGCGACGCCGGUUACGUCCUCGAAGAUGUGCCUCAUCUCGCCGAUUACUUGUCCGAUCUUCCUACUUAUCCCAAUCCACUGCAAAUCAAUCCUGCUUACUCUGUAGUCAAGCAAUAUUUUGUUAACCAAGAUGACACUGUUGCUCAAAAGAUUGUUGUGCACAAGGAUAGUCCAAGAGGGACACACCUUCGGCGAGCAGGACCACGCCAAAAGGUGUAUUUUGAGGCGGAUGAAGUGCAUGCCUGUGUUGUGACUUGUGGUGGUUUGUGCCCUGGGCUCAACACGGUGAUCAGGGAAAUUGUCUGUGGACUUUAUCACAUGUAUGGUGUCACCAGGGUUCUUGGAAUAGAUGGAGGAUAUAGUGGUUUCUAUUCCCGAAAUACUAUUGAGUUGACACCUAGGGUUGUGAAUGACAUCCACAAACGUGGUGGUACUAUCCUUGGGACAUCACGAGGAGGCUAUGAUACCUCGAAGAUAGUUGACAGCAUUCAUGAUCGUGGAAUUAACCAUGUUUACAUAAUUGGAGGUGAUGGAACUCAAAAAGGAGCAUCUGUGAUAUUUGAGGAAGUUAGACGCCGUGGCCUCAAAGUUUCUGUUGUAGGAGUUCCUAAAACAAUAGACAAUGACAUACCGGUUAUAGAUAGAUCCUUUGGCUUUGAUACUGCGGUUGAGGAGGCCCAGCGUGCCAUAUGUGCAGCUCAUGUGGAAUCUGAAAGUAUUGAGCAUGGUAUUGGUCUUGUGAAGCUAAUGGGACGCUACAGCGGUUUCAUAGCUAUGUAUGCUACACUUGCCAGUCGAGAUGUGGACUGUUGUUUGAUUCCAGAGUCCCCCUUCUUUCUUGAAGGACGAGGUGGACUUUUUGAGUUCAUUGAAAGACGACUCAAAGAAAAUGGACAUAUGGUUAUUGUGAUGGCUGAGGGAGCAGGACAGGAUCUUCUUUCAGAGAGCUUGCAAUCCAUGAACCAGCAAGAUGCUUCAGGAAACAAGCUACUUCAAGAUGUUGGGUUAUGGAUAUCUCAGAGGAUCAAGGAUCACUUUGCAAGACAACAAAAGAUGUCUAUUAAUCUGAAAUAUAUAGAUCCUACAUACAUGAUCAGGGCUAUUCCAAGUAAUGCAGCUGACAAUGUCUACUGCACACUGCUGGCUCAAAGUGCCGUUCAUGGAGCAAUGGCAGGGUUCACGGGCUUUGUAGUUGGGCCUGUCAAUGGAAGACAUUCUUACAUUCCUUUUAAUCGUAUUACUGAGAGCCAGAACAAGGUUGUGAUUACCGAUAGGAUGUGGGCACGACUCCUUUCUUCAACCAACCAGCCGAGCUUCUUGAACCCCAAAGACAUUGAUGAAGUCCAAAAAGAGGAAGAGCCUCCAACUCAACUGCUAGAAGGGGAAAAUUGUAAAGAUAGCAAUACUAAAGACAUUCCUAGCAUGACAUGAAAACAUGAGACUGUUUUAUUCGAAACCUUCUGUUAGAAUCAUUAGUUCAGAUCUUUCCUUGAUGGGAAUGUUGAUGUGAAUUCACAUUUUUUACUGCUAGUAUCAUCUGUGGAGCAUAAUUGUUUGCUGUUGUAUCAGAAGAAUUCCUGCUUAAGAUUUACUCAUUUGGUAGCAGCCAAACUAGCUUCUGGAAUGUUAUUUAGCUGAAUCCAAUUAAGCUCCACCCUUGUACGAAUUUGUAAAUUACUUGUUCAUUGCAUAUUUUUAUGUCAGGUGCUGCUACUGGCCAUUUGUUC